UAUAUGUUAUGUAUUGUCAGCAAAUUUAUUUAAACUUUCCUUAAAAUGCAUUAAAAAGACCACUUGGAAUCCUUGGAAAUGAAUGCCGUAUGAUCUACCGAACAAAUAAAUGAAAAGAUAGAAAUUGAUGACAAAAGGGAGGCUAAUUCAGCUGGGAUUUCCUUUCAUUCUCUGAUUGCCACCCAACCUUAGCUGGGGAGAAUAAUUAUUUUGCAAUGACAGUGCAUGCUCUUGGCUUUGCAGAACUUGGUAGCCAUCACUGAGAGCCAUCAUUGCCCUUGGGACUGAAAUUGGCGGCCUAGGAAGGCGGUCUGCCUGGUCAGGAGCAGUUCUGGGAGAACAUCUCAGAGAUGGAUGAGCAAAAUGCAGCUUGCCCAGAAGUCGGAAGGGGCCCUGAGACUGUCAAGUCUGGGAGCAGUGGGGAGAACUGGGGGCUGCGUCCAGAAGUAUAUCACCAGCGUUUCCGGCAGUUCCACUACCAGGAUGCCAAGGGGCCCCGAGAGGUUUGCAAGAAGCUCCAUGACCUUUGCCAUCAGUGGCUCAGACCUGAACAACACACACAGAACCAGAUUCUGGACAUGCUCAUCCUGGAGCAGUUCCUGGCUGUCAUUCCCCCGGAGAUGCAGAGGUGGGUUCGGGAGUGUGGAGCAGAGACCAGCUCUCAGGCUGUGGCCCUGGCUGAAAUUUUCCUCUUGACUCAGGCAGAGGACAAGAAACAAGAAGAGCAGCAGUUUGCAGAGUCGGGCUCCAAUUUUCCCGAACCAUUCAAGACAUCCUCAGAUGCCCGACAGAGUGCCCUGCGGAGGUGGAUGAAACACGAAGGUGACGGAAGUUCCAUCCUGCAAGGAGAUGGAAUGAUGUCGGUAAUACGUGCCCAGUCAACAUCUCUUCUUUGUGGCGGAGGGGACACAACAGCUGUGCCACAGGUUCAGGGCACGGUGACUACUGAGGAUGUGGCUGUCCAGGUCACCGAGAAAGAUGGGGUCCUGCCCGAUCCUGACCAGAAAGGUUUCCACAAGCAAGCUGUGGAGCAAGACUGUGGGCUAAUGGCUGCUUUUGAAGGCGACAAGUGGGCAGCUGAGAGGAAAGCAGAGCCGCCUGGGGGUCUGCCAGAAGGAGACGGCAUUAAGAAGAGGGAGAAACAGAGGAGGAAAUCUGUGCCAAACCGGAAAAGGAUGAUGGAGCUGAAUGAGUCCUCUGCUUCCCAGAGCAGUGACUUCCAUCAAAAUGCAGUCCAAGAGAAAAUAGAGAAAAUAAACAUUGCUAAAAUAAGCGAGCCGGCCCGCAAACGACAAAGGACGUAUCUGUUCCAUAAAGAAUGGGAAGAACGGUACUGCUUUAUGGAUGUGAAUGGCAAAUCGGUGUGCUUAAUCUGCUCAUCCACAGUUGCGGUUGCAAAGAAGCACAACGUCCAGAGGCAUUUUGAGAGAAACCACGGAGCUUUUGCCAAAAACUACCCACUCGAUUCCGAGCUUCGAAAAAUGAAGGUGAAAGAAAUGAAAUCUAAAUUCGCGUCCCAGCUGACGGUCUACACAAAGCCCGUGGUGCAGUCCAAGAACACCACAAUUGCCUCUUUUAAAAUUGCCAGCUUGCUGGUUAAAAGAAACAAACCUUUUGAGGAUGGAGAGCUGUUGAAAGAGGUGUUUCUGACAGCGGCCGACUCGGUUUUUGAAGGUUUUUCCAAUAAAAAAGAAAUCAUGACUGCAAUACAAAAGCUUCAGCUAUCUGGGAAUACCGUUUCUAGAAGGAUCCAGUCCAUUUCAAACGAUCUGGAGUAUCAGUUGCAAAGCGAUCUGCAGAAAUGCCUCUGGUUUUCUCUUCAGCUGGAUGAGUCCACCGACAUAACAGACACUUCCCAGUUGGCCAUGAUUGUGAGGCUCGUCUUUAGUGACCUUGCUGUGAAGGAAGAGCUGCUCAAAAUACUGUCUCUGAAAGGAAAAACGAGAGGUGAGGAUAUAUUCCUGACUUUCAAAAACUAUGCGACUGAAAUAAAUCUCCCUCUUCAUAAACUUUCUUCCAUCACUACAGAUGGGGCUCCAGCAAUGGUGGGCAGCAUGGAUGGGUUCAUAGCUCACUGCCAGAAAGAUGACUCUUUUCCAAAGUUUAUUUCCUAUCACUGCAUUAUCCAUCAAGAGGCAUUAUGUGCCAAAGUGCUCCAGUUUAAACACGUCAUGGACGUUGUUACAAAAAUAAUAAACUCUAUUCGAGCCGUCUCCUUGCAGCAUCGGCUCUUUAAAGCCCUCCUGAAAGAUGUCGAUGCUGAAUACGGGGACCUGAUCUUGCACACGGAAGUUAGAUGGCUUAGUAAAGGGAAGGUUCUUGCCAGGUUUUUAACCCUGAGGGAUGAAAUAAAGGCCUUUUUAAAAACGAAAGAUCAGUAUGUGGAGCAACUUGAUGAUAGAUUUUGGUUGGUAGAUUUAGCCUUCCUUGCUGACUUGAUGCAAGAACUGAACAGCUUGAAUAUUGAACUUCAUCGAAAUGAUAAGCAUAUUUCUGGAAUGAUCUCUUCAGUCCACUCAUUCAAAGGCAAACUGAGAUUGUGGAAGUCCCAUUUGCAAGUGAAAUCUCUUCUUCCCUUCCCUUCCAUGAAGCAAGUGGUCGGGGACAGCGAUUUCAACAAUGCACCGUUUGUGGGCUACCUUGAGACCUUAGAGGAGCAAUUUCAUGCACGCUUCCAGCAGUUCACAAGCAUUGAGCCUGUGGUGACCUUCUUUGAAAAUCCAUUCAGUUCAAUCGAUGUCGCGGAGACAGCCGUGGCCAUAGGGGAGCUGUGCCAGGCCAUGGUAGAUGAGGUGGAGAUGGAGAUUGUGGGCCUUCAGAAUGAUAUCAUUUUGAAAUCUAACUCAAGUCAUGCCAACUUUUGGAACCUGGUGGACGCCCAAAAAUUCCCUUUGUUGAGGAAGACGGCUGCAAAGAUAAAGUCUUACUUUGGCUCAACGUACCAGUGCGAGUCAGUCUUCUCGACAAGGAGAUUUAUCAAGUCAAAGAACAGAACACGGAUGACUGACAAACACCUGGAUGACUGUUUGCGAGUGGCAAUCUCUUCCUACACGCCCAAUUACAACAGGCUGGCCGACGGCAUGCAGUGUCAAGCCUCUCACUAGUCUGGAGCUGUGUUGUAAGACUUAGGCAAAACGUGGCAGUUUUGCACAAAUCAUUAGCUUCUUUAGAGGAGACUUCACUUUGCCAAGUUUCUAUUUUCUAUUCUGUGUUCCAUAAAAGUGUAGAGAUAUUAGGCUUAAAUAUAUAACAAUUUAUUUGUAACUGUGAAUAUGAUUAUGUACUGGUAGUCUAGGAAUAAUGUUGAGUUAUGCUCCCCCCUGCCCUCUCUACUAUGCAAAAAAAUAAAUGCUCUUUUAUAUGUGGAA